CAUGACAUCUUAACUAAUAGUGCUGAUCUUGCACUACAGAUCCUCAGAGGACAAAGACAUACUCUGAAGAAUUGUCGUUCUCUUUUUCUUACAGGUUAUUACUCCACUGGCAUAGUCUGGGAUAUGCCUUUGGUCUGAAAAUGUAACUCAAAUUUCAUACUAGACAAAAAGGAUAAAGUCUCAAGAUUUGACACUAUACGUCAUUCCAUAGCUGGCAUCAUAAGGUCUCCAAAAUCCAUGUUGGGUUCAUCAUCGUUCUUUGAUGUAAUCUCAACCACUGAGAAACCAUUGGCUGAGCAAGACUGGUAUCAUGGUGCAAUUCCAAGAAUAGAAGCCCAGGAGUUGUUAAAACAGCAAGGAGACUUCUUGGUGCGAGAAAGCCACGGGAAACCUGGUGAAUAUGUCCUUUCUGUGUUUUCAGAUGGACAACGGAGACACUUUAUCAUACAAUAUGCUGAUAAUCAAUAUCGCUUUGAAGGAACUGGUUUUCCAACCAUUCCUCAGCUCAUAGAACAUCAUUACACAACAAAGCAAGUUAUUACCAAGAAGUCGGGUGUUGUUCUGCUUAAUCCCGUUGUUAAGGAUAAGAAAUGGGUUCUCAAUCAUGAAGAUGUCACACUGGGGGAAUUACUGGGCAAGGGUAAUUUUGGUGAGGUGUAUAAAGGAACAUUAAAGGAUAAAACUCCUGUUGCUGUAAAAACUUGCAAAGAAGAUCUUCCUCAGGAACUGAAAAUAAAAUUUCUGUCAGAAGCCAGAAUACUCAAACAAUAUGAUCAUCCUAAUAUUGUAAAACUUAUAGGGGUUUGCACUCAACGACAGCCUAUUUAUAUCGUUAUGGAACUUGUACCAGGAGGUGAUUUCCUGUCAUUCCUAAGAAAGAAGAAGGAUGAGCUGAAAACCAAACAAUUGGUGAAAUUUUCAUUAGAUGCUGCCUCUGGUAUGGCAUAUCUUGAAUCUAAAAAUUGUAUACAUAGAGACCUGGCCGCAAGGAACUGCUUGGUAGGUGAAAGCAACAUUUUGAAAAUAAGCGAUUUUGGGAUGUCCCGACAAGAGGACGAUGGUGUGUACUCAUCCUCAGGCCUAAAGCAGAUUCCAAUCAAGUGGACGGCUCCAGAAGCUCUGAACUAUGGGAGAUACACAUCUGAGAGUGAUGUAUGGAGCUUUGGAAUCCUUUUGUGGGAGACCUUCAGUUUAGGAGUAUGCCCAUACCCUGGAAUGACCAACCAACAAGCACGAGAGCAAGUUGAAAAAGGGAGAUACACAUCUGAGAGUGAUGUAUGGAGCUUUGGAAUCCUUUUGUGGGAGACCUUCAGUUUAGGAGUAUGCCCAUACCCUGGAAUGACCAACCAACAAGCACGAGAGCAAGUUGAAAAAGAGUCAAAGAAAGAGUCAAAGAAUGGAUGA